GAGACGACCGACCAAGUCUGCAUUCGAGACACCAGAGCAUCGCCAGGCCAUUGUUGUAAAAGUGUGAAUUGAUUCGGAUGCAGUGAAAAGAGUGAAAAAGACGAUGGGUUCUGGAGGAAGUGCUGUUGCCGCUCCCCCCCACACAGACGCAUUUGUCACAUGUACACUGCACAGAGACAGCCCAUUCGCGGUGUACCAUCAACAAAGAGGGGAGCCAGGGUGGACCAGAUACGUACAGCGCAGGACCUGGCAUCGUCCUGUCUCUGCCAUGUGCAAUCGCAUGCCCCACCAUAUCCGAUGGCUCCUCUGGCCCCAUCCCCAUGCUUGGACUAGCACCGGUCCUUGGUCACCCGACCCAGGGAGAUACUGUGUUUCCUGGGGAUCUGCCGUGUCGCAUGCAGUACGGACCCACUCAGGAAAUCCAUUGCAAUUGGUUGAGUUCAACACACUACACCCCGUACGUCAUGUUCUAUUUCUUUGCCGCUUACCCCAUCCCCAGCAGCAGUGCAUCUUCCUUGACCCCUCCGUCGUCCUCGCUCACAUCCCGCUGCAUCACCACAGCACAAUACAUCACCCACCCCUACAUUCUCUGAAAAACAGCAGCUACCCCAUGGAGGCUCUGGACCAGCUCACUGCGGACCAGAAGAGCAUCCUCGAAGACUACCUCGCCGUAACUGGACAGAAUGACCUCGAGGUCGCCAUCUUGGCUCUGGAACAGCACUCUUGGCAGCUUGAGACUGCGGUGCAGGCCCAGUUCGGGGACACACGCACGCCUUCAAGGCCAGACGAAUCCCUGGGUGGCCUAGGACUUGGUCACGCAACCGAAGGCCAAACCCAGCCAGCACCGCCUCCACCACCUCCACCUCCAUCACCGCCUCGCCAUGUUACUGCUCCUAGGGCAACGAACUCAUUUGCGCGCAGUUUUCUUUCAUGGUUCUCCUGGCCCAUCAACACCAUCUGGGGUGUCACCUGGUCCUUCCUCGCCUACUUUUGUAAGUGAACAGAGUUUUGUUGACUCUGUGAUAUCACACAAUUGACUCUGCCAAAUACUUAUAUUCCACCUACAGACACUCUGUUCCCUCAGACAUUCAGACAGGCCAUUACAGGACAGUCAACAAGGUCUGGACCAUCUCGCCCACCACAGGAUCCAGCAUCAGUAGCGGCUCGGUUCUUGAGGGAAUACGAGGAGAGUUAUGGCACGGCACACCCAAAUUUCUAUGCUGGAGGAUAUUCUGCUGCGCUGAACAAGGCC